GGCGCGGGCUGGUCACGUGGGGCAGGCGGCCGGGGAUGGAGGCGCGCGGGGAGCUGCGGGUCGGGUUCGUGGGGGCCGGGCGCAUGGCCCAAGGGGUGGCGCAGGGCGCGGUGCGCGCAGGAAAAGUCAAAGCUGCUAACAUCUUGGCCAGCGCACCGUCGGACAGGAACUUGGGCGCCUUCCAGGAUUUGGGCUGCAGGACGACACACUGCAACAGUGAGGUGCUGCAGCGCUGUACCCUGGUCUUUCUAGCCACCAAGCCUCACCUGCUUCCUGGAGUCCUGCAGGAGAUUUCUCCUGCCAUUACCCGGGACCACAUUAUCGUGUCGGUGGCUGCUGGAGUCACUCUUCAGGCCCUGCAACAGCUUCUCCCUGCUGGGACCAAGGUGCUGCGGGUCAUGCCCAACCUGCCCUGCAUGGUGCAGGAGGGGGCAGUGGUGUUUGCCCGGGGGAGCUGUGCUGGAGAGCAGGAGGCUGCCCUGCUGAAGAGCCUGCUGUCCGCCUGCGGGCUGUGUGAAGAAACACCCGAGUCCUACAUCGAUAUCCACACGGGCGUGAGUGGCAGCGGGGUAGCCUAUGUUUACUUGUUUGCUGAAGCCCUGGCAGAAGGUGCUGUGAAGAUGGGUAUGCCCAGUGCCUUAGCUAAUAAAAUUGCAGCCCAGACACUGCUGGGAGCAGCAAAGAUGAUCCUGGAGACAGGGGAGCACCCAGCCAAGCUGCGCAGUGACGUCUGCACGCCUGGCGGCACCACCAUCCAUGCCCUGCACGAGCUGGAGAAGGGGGCGCUGCGGGCCACCGUCAUGAACGCUGUGGAGGUUGCGACCGUGCGGGCUCGCGAGCUGGGCAAGAGAUAGGGGCCCAGCUGGGCGGGGUGUUCCGGGGCGCCUAGCCUGUCUGAGCCACAGAGUAGCUGCCCACAUGCGAAUCUCCAUCCCGUGAUGGAAGGAAGUUUCCCAGGUUGUGCAGUACCAAUGUACAUCCCAUUCUUCCCUUCCUAGGUGCCUCUCCCUGCCUGAGGGAUUUCGAGCUCCAGGUCACCAGUGAUCUCCUCUAGCCCAAGUCCCUCCCCACAGGGCCUGGCUUCCCCACAUGUGAGGCAGGAUCCCCUCGUGUUCCUGGCAUCCCCCGACGGGCAAGUCAGAAGGGAGGGGCUUGACCAGCCCUGCCCCGGCCAUGGGGACUUCACACUCGUAUCCAUUCCAUACACAUUGGCUGCUCUUUCCAGACGGUGUGUCCCUAAUAAAUAAUAACAACAGCAGGAUGUGGGAGCUGCUGUCCCAGAGUCGUGGCUUCUUCUGCUCUUCUUUGUUUAGAGACGGUGCCCGUCCUCCGAAGGCAGCCUUGGCACCAGACUCGCUGUCUGCAUGCUGCUGUUGGGGAAACAGUCCCAGCCGGUAAAGUGCAGCCUUCCCGUCUGCCACCUGGUGCCCCGGUGGCAAUCCAAGCCACCCAGCGCCUCACAUGCUGGUGUCUCUGGUCUGGUGGGGGACGGUGUGAGCAGAAGCUGGUUUAUAGGAUGCUCUUCCUGGGCUGGUGGCUCAUGGAGCCUUAAUGCAGCCUGCAGCUUCCCUCCCACUGUAGCAGGGAGGUGCAGGUCCCAGCAGCCCCUGCUCCCUCUCAGUGCCUGGGUGAGGGGGGAAUUCCCUGUAUUCCUGACUGUUUUCAUUGGUGGGUGGAUAGGAAAUAGGUAGCAGCAGGGGCCUGGGAGAGACCACAAGCUCCAGCUGCCUGUUAGCAGCUGCACCAGCAGUCCCAGGAGAGCCCCAGCUGCCAUGCAGCAUAGGAAGCCAUGCGUGCCAGCAGCAGGUGGUGAAAUAGAGCUGUGCUGUGCUGUGCUGUGCCCUCCAAGGGUCUGUUGAUCUCUUGGCUCCUCUGCAAACUAAAGGGUUAAUGGUGAAGUCAUCACCACCUAUUCUAGUCCAUGCAAGCUGGCCCUGGCCUGAGGGCAAGCAGCAGUGGGCAAAAUCCAGGCAGGGCUGGUCAAAGGCAGUAUGCACUGCAAGAGGAGAAGAAGCUGUUCCAUGGCUGUAGGUUGUGUUAACCCUCCUCCUGCUGGAGCAUUUUCAAUAAGGGGGGUUGGCACAAAUCCUCCAUGCACAGUAGUUCCUCCACUCUGCUGCAGGGCCAAAUCCAUCACUACGCACUGUCCUUGGCUUAUUGUCAAAUCGAAGUCAGGUAGCCCCCACAGCUAAAUGCUCGGUGAAACCUGCUAUUGACAGAACCAGGGAGGGAGGUGGGUAACUGGGUCUUCUGGUAGCUAGAAGUGGGAAAGGGAAUUUAUCUCCUCCCUCCUUUGGGCAGCAGUGACAGUCAGGUGGGGCAUCAAAGUUUAUCUCUCCAGGCCAGCAAACUUGGACCAACAGCUCUGGGGCCCUAUUGUCAGCCUCUCCGUCCGGCAACAGUACCUUGUCUGGAUGUGUGAUAAAAUGCCCAGCUGUGACAGAGUUAACGACAACAUGCAGAGGUACCUGUAGGGCUGUGUUCCGGCUCCACUCCCAAUGAAACCUACCUACCUGCUCCCUCGGAGAAUGCACCCCACGUGCUUUGGCCAUCACAGGCUAAUGCACGGAGGGCUUUUCCCUCCGUGGCUCUCGAGGGCUGGGUGGCAUAAUUGUCCCUAUUCUACAGCUGGGGAAACCGAGGCACGGGACGGCAAAGGGACACAAGCCAGGUCGGUAUCGGAGCGUAGAGCUCUGAUCUCCUGAGUGCUCUGCCUCAUCUGGCAGCCUGGGACUUGAGGCCUGCCACCCCAUCCCUGCCUGGUGAGCUGGUCCCAGCAGGGAGCUAAGAGCCCCUCUCAUAUUAAUGCAGGGGAACCCGCAGCAGGGCAGCAAAGAUCCUUCCUGAACUGUGACCCCCGUUUGCUCUGGUGUGGGGUGGGUAGGUGUUACCAGCUCUAAGCCGAGUGGUGAGCUGCAAACAGAAACUAGCUGUACAGCAAGUGCGUUUGCCCUCGGCAAUCUCUGACUGGCUGCACUACCAGCCCCUCAGUGCAUGCUUCAGGGUCUUGAGUCCACUGUGCCUCUAGCACAACGCAUGGCCCAGAGGAGGAGGAUGUGCUGUGUGUGCCCCUUUUCCAAAUGGCUCUGAAAUGUGUUGCCUGCCCAGCUUCCCCCCCGCUGCUCCCUCCAGGAUCUGUCAGCCAAACUCACGGUCCUGGGACUCCAGCUAUGUGAUGCACCUUGGCAAGUAGGUGCUGUGGCAGGUGGCAUCAUGCAGUAUUCAUAUGGCUUUGGAGAAUGACACAGAUGUGGCCCGGUCCUCCAUUUAGGGGCCUGAAUAGAUGUCCCUGCAAGGCUAAUUCCCAUCUCAUGUGCCACCUCCCACUCUGUUGGCUUGCUCUCAGCCAUGCAGCCAGCCGUCUUUGUUCCACCCCCAUUUGCAGCCCUUCAAGCCUGUGCAGACAGCUCCUGUGCAGGACUCUGAAUUGGCUUCAGGUUGAAAUAAUGAGCAGAGUGAGGGAAAGGAUACAGGAGGUAGGCAGAGAAGAACAACACAGGUGCCUGUGGGGCUGGAGGGACUGUCUCAGGAGGAGAUGGGAAUCUGUAUGGGGCAGGAUCUAAAGCCCACUGAAGUCAAUAGGAAUCUUUCCAUUGGCUUUCGUGAGCUUUAGACUGGGCCACCGAGAGGGGGAAUUGCAGGGAGUUUGAUUUUUUGGGGAUAGAGCAAUACCUCCAGAGUAAGAACAGUGGGGGACAGGCUGAAGAUCUAUCCCCCUCCAUCCAUCCUCCCCCUCCCAUGAGGUUGCACCUGGAGCUGGUCAGGAAAUGAAAUGUUUUUCAUCUUUGUUAACAUUUUUUCAAAAAGAUUUUCAGGUUUUCAUUGAAAAACAGGGUCAUUUGGGGAUAUUGUCUGAUUCCCCCCCAAAAAAAUAAAAUAAAAACUUCAUUGAAAACCAACAU